GGCGUGCAGUAUGUGUGUUAGAAUUAUGGUGCAAGCUGCAGGCCGCGUGUUUGGUGUGGUUGUGCCGAGCGUACUCCUGACACUACUGUUCGUUGAUCAAGUAAGAACAGCGCAGUGUUCCAUAAUGAUGCAGCCAAAACAUAUAACUCUGUUACAUGAUAUAGAUUUGUAGGAACUUAGUGCAUAUCCUCUCUCACCCACGACGUCUCCUCUCGUUAUCGUAUUCCCUUCGACUUGACGUCGAUCAAUACGUCGGUUUCACGCACAGUUCUGCUAGACAAUGAACUCUUACUCGAUGUACUUUUCAUUCAUACGCCUCUUCUAAACUAUGCGAUGGGGGGCAUGUUUGCUCUCCUCCCAAAUAUUGCUGCUCUUUCGGCUGUUGUUACGGAGUAUUUCCGCAAGUGCACUCUCAUUUGUCAGGAAUGAUUAAUUUCCUGAUUUGGACUUAUUGGUACUUAUGGGCAGCAGUACUUUCAGGUUUAGCUGUAGCAGCUAUUUUUGGCUGCUGGCUAUGGAAACGACGACGCUCUGCUAUUAUAGAAGACUGUGGUUCUUCUGACAGAGCGUCUACAGGUCCUUGGUUUCCACCACCGCAUUAUAGUCGUUGCAGUUCUUUUGUGCAAGCGUUACCACCUCCUUACAAUGAAGUUACCGCAAAGCCAGAUUUGUAUCCACUAGUUAUCGGUUAUGAUGAGAGUAAUGGAAAGGGAACAUCAGGAUUUGUAAUGCGGUAUUUUAGAUCGUUAUCCCAUGCGAGCACAUUGGAUUCCUUGAGUUCAAGUUUUAUGUGCAAUGUUGUGAAUGAAGCUAACACCAUUAUUCCACCACCGUACUCCUGUAACAAUAGUGCAGAUGAAUUGUCAGCGGUUGAAUGUGGAAGAGAAGAAAAUGGAGAUGUUGUAUCAGUUGUUUCGUUGGCUAAUCAUAGAACAACAUCAGACAUAUCGAGUUUAGCAGCUCAAUCACCAUGUUCACCGCCAAGGGCUACCAGUCCUACAAUAGAGCUACGUGAGUUGCUAGACAAAAUUCAACAACUACCACAAUUACCUAGCGGCCAUAGCACACUUUUGCCUUCUCAAAACCAGCCUCAACUUCUUCAUACAAAUGUAAAUGGUACUGUACAACAACGGCCUUUAAGUCCAAACGAUGUUGGAUCAUAUAGAACAAGAAGAAUGCGUGGAAAAAUGUAUAUGCCAUUAGGACUGCCAAAUACAAGAAAUAAAACUAAGCGGUGGCUAUCACGAUCAGCGCCUACAACACCAUCCGGUACAAUACCAAUGUCCUUUUUACCAGGACAAAGCAGACGGCCAUCUGAAACGGAUAAUAACAAUCAACAAGUAGUUCCUUUGCUAUCGGAGCAGGAUGAAACAGAAAAUAAUAAUGGCGAACAAUUAACCAGUGGUAUUCCACUACUUUCUGAACAAGAAGAGAACCGUCAAGCUACAUGACGAUAUUUUUGAUUAAUCUGAAACAAAAAAAAUAAAAGAAAGAAAGAAAGAAAAAAGAUAUUCAUAAUUAACGUUCAAUCAUCCACGCCCCAAAAACAUUUAAUUACAUAUUUUUCGAUGUGGCUGGAAUGAAGAAAAAAAAAAGAUAAGAAAAGAAAAAGAAAAAGGAAUAAUAAAAUAAGGUUGUUACAUAAUGUUAUGCAGGAAAUUAUUUUAGUACUCGUAACAUUAAUCUAUUAUAGGCUUCAUUAACAGGAUAUUAUCUCUUUACAUCAUACCAGAGCAAAUAAUAGUAAUGCAAUUUUAUCAUUGCCGACAGAUGUAUUUAAAGAAAUUCUCUUUGUUUUCUCAACAAACCGCUCCUCAUAUAGCAAAGUUAUACGAUUUCAGAACUAUGCAAUCUAAUGUAUAUGUCUCAUAAUGGGUAGAUUUUUGAAAUAGUCAAUAUAUUUACUAAGUAAAAAACGUUUUUUUGCCAAUAUACAAUCGAUACAUCGAAACUUGUUUUUUAAUAAGGGAAAAAAAAAAGAAAAAACAAGGAAGUUAAGAUAUAAGAUAAAAAUUUGUUUCCAGGCUUAAAAUUCCUUGGCGAUGCUUGUAAUAUUGUUUAGUUGUAGCAAUACAAUAAUAAUGUCCAUCCAUGCAGCCAGCCAGAGAAAAUAAUUAAUGAUUCAGGACAAUAUAAUAAUUAAGGUUGAAGAACUAGCAGGUAGAAGAAGAAGAAAAAGAAGAAAGCAAUGAAUAAUUAUCAUAUUCAAAAAGUCAACGUACAAUGUUAAUUCCGUCAGCGAUAGAGAGUGAGAUUACUCUUAAUACUAUCAGCGACUACUAGCAAGCACAAGGUCAUAUAAUGUACAGAUUGUACACUUUUAUUUAAAAUAAUGUCUAAUGUAUGCAAAGAAAGAAAGGAA